AUGGAUGGAGAUGUGGGGAACAGUGACAGGGAUGGAAACAUGGUGGGGAGACAGCCAUGGCCAUGGAAGAGAGAAGGGUGUGAAAAGAAGAUCUGGAGUGGGCAGGGAGGAGGAGCAAUAGGAAGAGGAGGAAGAGAGGAGGCGGAGGAUGGGAAAAGGAAGAGCAGGAAGAGGAAGAGGAGGAGCCGCAGCAGAACCCCAUGGUUUUCCUGCUUGCCCGCUGAGUCUGAAGCUCCCCUGGCCCUGGCAGCAUCAACCCCCCAGAUCUCACAGCCAGGAUUUGUCAAUCCCAAACUUUGUCUGGAUGGAGAUGGAGGAGGCUGCAAGGAAAAGGAAGAUGGCAUGGGACGUGAGGCAGACACUGAGGUGCAGACAGAGACCAGGGACAGCAAAUCCCUGCUGCAGAACCUCAUGGAAGAGGCCAUUUUGAGCAGCUCUAUGGCAUGGGAAUCCAAUGGGGAGGAUAAGCCCUGGAGAUCCCAUAUAAGGAGGAGUUGCAAACGCAGCCCUGGGAGCUGUGAGGAGGAAAGAUGCCCCCUGUAUCCAGAAGGCAGCUGGAGAUCCAUUUGGAACUCAGAGGUGGUGGAGACAACUCAUGGCUGGCAGAAACCCCACAAGUGCUUGGAAUGUGGGAAGGUCUUCAGCCAGAGCUCUGGAGCUCAGAUGUAAUCUGGCUUCAGGUGAUCCACAUGGGGAAACGGCCUUACAAAUGUGGGGAGUGUGGGAAGGGCUUUGGGUGGAGCUCCAACCUCAUCAAUCACUGCAAGAUCCACACUGGGGAGAGGCCCUAUGAGUGUCCCGAGUGUAGGAAGUGGUUUCUGAGCAGCUGCAAUCUCAUCAU